ACAGCCGCCAUCUUGUCGCGGCUCGGAAUCAGGAUUUCGGGAGAGUAUUAUUUUUUAAUUUAAUAACAGGCUCUCCAAACCCAGAUCAGACGGGUUCGCUCCGCUGAAAACGGACAGCUUGUACACUUUCGAAGAGAUUUCAUGCGAAAAAACCAGGAUUGGAUCGGUUUUCGUCGGUUAGAAAACCCCCCGUAUAUCUGAUUUCCCCUUCAGAAAGCGCCGCUUCUCUCCAUAUCACCGCUCCUAUCCGUAUUGUUUAUCGAGAGACAGCGACGAAGGGACGAAAUCGCAACAAAAAAUUACUUUAAAAUUAUAUUUUAUUCGAGGCAGAAAUGCAAUUUGAUGCAAUUAAAUUGCCCUCAGGAAAAAACGGUUUCGUAAGGAUGCGAAGGUAACGUAACGGCUUGUAGGGGCAAGGGACCUAAAAUUCAGUUUAUGCAUUAUUAUUAUUUUUAUUUUUUUACUUUUUCGAAAUAAAAUAUUUUUCAUCGGGGUAAUUAUUAAUGAUAAUAAUGUGGGUGUUGGGUGUUGGAUUAUCAUGGGGUGAAUGGCAGAGCGGGGCGCUGUUGCUAUUUUUUUGAAGCAUUUACCUUGCUAGCUGGCUAGCUGGCUAAUUAUUUUCUUCUAAACUGAGUGGUUGCGAAAAAGAAACCCUACGGAUCGAUUUGAGCUGAUCCCAGCUGCAGCCUGUCGGGAAGAUUUUGUUGAUUUUUCCUUCGGCUGUUUAAGUAACAAUCAGAGUCCUUAACCAUGGCUGAAAACUUGCUGGAUGUCGGACCUCCCAACCCAAAGCGACCGAAGCUCAAUUCACCUGCCCUAUCCGCCUCUGAUGGUCCAGACCUGGGGUCCCUGUUCGAGCUGGAGAACGACCUGCCGGACGAGCUCAUCCCAAACGGGGACCUGGGCCUGGGCAUGCCCUCCAACGGCGGGGGCGCGGGGGGUCUGGAGGGGAUGGUCCCGGACGCAGCCACCAAGCACAAGCAGCUCUCCGAGCUCCUGAGGGCCGGGAGCAGCCCCACCAUGCGGCCGCUGGGCCAGGGCUCCCCCACGCACCCGUCCCAGAAGCAGGGCGGCGGCCCCUCCGCGGGGCAGCCCGGGAUGGGGCUCGCAGCGGGGUUCGGACAGGCCCACGUGCUCCUGGGACAGGGCCCGCAGCAGGGCCAGGCCGUCAACGGCACCCUGGGGCCCGGGGGGCGCGGCCGGGGCCCGGGGCCCAUGCAGUACCAGGGCCAGGGGCCGGGGGCCGGGCCGGGAGGAGGAGGAGGCGGAGCCACGGGCAGCGCGCUGGCGGACACGCUCACGCAGGGGCAGAUGGGAACCCAUGCAGCCAUGAACACACAGCAGGGCGGGAGCAUGAACAAGAUGGGUCUCUCGGGGACCAAUGGUCCGUUCGGGCAGCAGUACGGCCAGGGCGGGGUGCAGCUGCUGGGGGGCGCGGGAGUGAACGCCCAGCUCCAGAACAAGGCUGCCCUGCCCAACAGCCUGCCCCCCUUCCCCUCUGACCUGAAGGGAGCUGCCAGCGUGCCAAACCUGUCCCAGAUCCAGCAGCAGCAGGUGUCCUCAGUGGGGAUGGUCCCGGGGCAGGGCGUUUCGGCGGGCCCCACGGCCGACCCGGAGAAGCGCAAGCUGAUCCAGCAGCAGCUGGUCCUGCUGCUCCACGCCCACAAGUGCCAGCGGCGCGAGCAGGCCAACGGGGAGGUGCAGCCCUGCGCCCUGCCCCACUGCCGCACCAUGAAGAACGUCCUCAACCACAUGACCCACUGCCAGGCCGGCAAGUCCUGCCAGGUGGCCCACUGUGCGUCCUCACGGCAGAUCAUCUCUCACUGGAAGAACUGCACCCGGCACGACUGCCCGGUCUGCCUGCCGCUGAAGAACGCCAGCGACAAGCGCAGCCAGCAGCCCUUGCUGAGCUCCCCCAGUGCUGGUCUGCAGAACUCCAUUGGUCAGGUGGGCACUGGUCAGCAGACCACGCCCUCCAUCAGCAGUGCCACACCCAUCGACCCCAGCUCCAUGCAGAGGGCGUACGCCGCCCUGGGCCUUCCCUAUGGCAACCAGCCGUCUGCGCAGACGCAGCCGGGCCCCGGACAGCCCAAUGCGCAGACGCCCCAGCAGCACCAGCAGCAGCUGCGCUCACUCAAUGCACUUGGCGCUAGCCAGAUGAACAUGGGAGGCGGGGCCAUGGGCGGGGCCUCAUCAGAUCAGGCCAACAUGCACUCCGACUCGUCCAUCCCUCCUUCGCUCAGCGCCAGCCAGCUGAUGUCGGACGGGCCGGGGGCGGGCUCCCUGGGGAACCUGCCCACCGCCGCCCCGCUGUCCGCCAAUAGUGCCAGGAAGGCGUGGCACGAGCACGUCACUCAGGACCUGCGCAACCACCUGGUGCACAAACUUGUGCAGGCCAUCUUCCCCACCCCAGACCCGGCGGCGCUGAAGGACCGGCGGAUGGAGAACCUGGUGGCCUACGCCCGCAAGGUGGAGGGGGACAUGUACGAGUCGGCCAACAGCAGGGACGAGUACUACCACUUCCUGGCGGAGAAGAUCUACAAAAUCCAGAAGGAGCUGGAGGAGAAGCGGAGGUCCCGGCUGCUGAAGCCGCCCCCCAUGGCCCCCGCCGGAGCCCAGCCGACCGGCCACCCCCAAACCAACGCCCUGGGCCCCGCUCCGGCCGGGAGACCCCCCAACGGACCUGUGGCGAUGCACAACGUGCCAAAUCAGAUCAUGAACCGCGUGCAGGUUCCCCAAGGGAUGAAUCAGUUCAGCCCCAUGACGAUGCAGAACGUGCAGAUGUCCCAGCCUCCCAUGGGCUCCCGCGCCUCCUCCCCCAUGAACCACCCCGGGCAGAUGAACAUGAGCUCCGUUCCAGCGAUGGGGAUGUCCCCUUCCAGGAUGCCCCAGGCCCAGGGCAUGAUGGGGAACCACGCGGGCAGCAUGGUGGGCCAGACGGCCAGCCAGGCCCAGUUCAUGGCCCAGACCCAGUUCCCCCCGUCCAGCGGGGGGGUGAAUGUGAAUGUGAACAUGGUGCUGGGCCAGCCCGCCGCCCAGGCAGCUGUCACUCAGCAGCAGCAGAACGCUAGCCUCCCCCUGAACGCCCUGGGCUCCAUGGGCCCCCAGCUCCCCUGUGGCCCGGCCUCCCAGCCCCCCCUCCGCUCCACACCUCCACCUCCUCCACCCGCCUCCAGCACCGCCCCCAACCUGCAGCAGCACCAGCUCCCCGCCCCCCCGCAGGGCCCGCCCUCCGCCCCGGCCAUGGCCACCCCGCCCGGCCGCACCCCCUCCCGGCCCCACACCCCCCUGCAGCCCCCCCCGGACCCCGCCGUGCAGCCUCCGGCCCCCAGCACCCCGCUCUCCCAGGCGGCGGCCAGCAUAGACAACCGCGUGCCCACCCCGGCGUCCGUGGCCGAGGUCCACUCCCAGCAGGCCCUGCCCGACCUCCCCGCCCCCGACGCCAAGCCCCACCCCCGGGCCGACGAGCAGGACUUCCACUCCGGCAAGACGGAGCCCAAAACAGAGCAGGAGGACGACACGAGGCCGCAGGCAGUGAAGAAGGAGGAGCCUGAUGGGGCGGAGCCAAAGCAGGAGCCAAUGGAGGUGGAGGAGAAGAAGCCCGACAUAAAGGUGGAGCCCAAAGAGGAGGAGGAGGGCGGAGCCAACGGCACGGCCUCGUCCACCUCCCCUUCCCAGCCGCGGAGGAAAGUCUUUAAGCCGGAGGAGCUGCGGCAGGCCCUGAUGCCCACGCUGGAGGCGCUGUACCGCCAGGACCCCGAGUCCCUGCCCUUCCGCCAGCCCGUGGACCCCAUGCUCCUGGGCAUCCCGGACUACUUUGACAUAGUGAAGAACCCCAUGGACCUGUCCACCAUCAAGCGCAAGCUGGACACGGGGCAGUACCAGGAGCCCUGGCAGUACGUGGACGACAUCUGGCUCAUGUUCUACAACGCCUGGCUGUACAACCGCAAGACCUCGCGCGUCUACAAGUACUGCUCCAAGCUGGCCGAGGUGUUCGAGCAGGAGAUCGACCCCGUCAUGCAGGGCCUGGGCUACUGCUGCGGCCGGAAGUACGAGUUCUCCCCUCAAACGCUGUGUUGCUACGGGAAACAGCUGUGCACCAUAUCCAGGGACGGCACCUACUACAGCUACCAGAACAGGUAUCACUUCUGUGAGAAGUGCUUCAACGAGAUCCAGGGCGAGCGCGUCACCCUGGGAGACGACCCCGCCCAAUCGCAGACUAUGAUAUCGAAAGACCAGUUUGAAAAGAAGAAGAACGACAUGUUGGACCCCGAGCCGUUUGUUGAGUGUAAAGACUGUGGGCGCAGGAUGCAUCAGAUCUGUGUGCUGCACUACGACGUCAUCUGGCCAGCAGGGUUCAUCUGUAAUAACUGUUUGAAGAAGUCUGGAAAAACGCGGAAGGAGAACAAAUUUGCUGCCAAAAGGCUCCAGACCACCAGGCUGGGCAUGUACAUAGAGGAUCGGGUCAAUAAGUACCUGAAGAGACAGAACCAUCCGGAGGCCGGGGAGGUGUUUGUGCGAGUGGUGGCCAGCUCCGACAAGACCGUGGAGGUCAAACCUGGCAUGAAAUCCAGGUUUGUGGACACGGGUGAGAUGUGCGAGUCCUUCCCAUACAGAACCAAAGCACUUUUCGCGUUCGAGGAGAUCGACGGCGUGGACGUCUGCUUCUUCGGGAUGCACGUCCAGGAGUACGGGUCCGAGUGCCCCUUGCCCAACACCAGACGGGUGUACAUAUCCUACCUGGACAGCAUCCACUUCUUCAGACCGCGCUUGCUGAGGACCGCCGUCUACCACGAGAUUCUCAUCGGCUACCUGGAGUACGUCAAGAAGCUGGGGUACGUGACGGGUCACAUUUGGGCCUGCCCGCCCAGCGAGGGGGAUGACUACAUCUUCCACUGUCACCCCAUCGACCAGAAGAUCCCCAAACCCAAGCGCCUGCAGGAGUGGUACAGGAAGAUGCUGGACAAGGCCUUCGCCGAGAGGAUCCUGCACGACUACAAGGACAUCUUCAAGCAGGCCACGGAGGACCGCCUGACCAGCGCCAACGAGCUGCCCUACUUCGAGGGAGACUUCUGGCCCAACGUCCUGGAGGAGAGCAUCAAGGAGCUGGAGCAGGAAGAGGAGGAGCGGAAGAAGGAGGAGAACACGGCGUCCUGCGAGACCCCCGAGGGCGCCCCGGCAGACAGCAAGAACGCCAAGAAGAAGAACAACAAGAAGACCAACAAGAACAAGAGCAGCCUGAGCCGCGGCAACAAGAAGAAACCGGGGAUGCCCAACGUGGCCAACGACCUCUCCCAGAAACUCUACGCCACCAUGGAGAAGCACAAGGAGGUGUUCUUUGUGAUCCACCUGCACUCGGGCCCGGUCAUAAACACGCUGCCCCCCAUCAUGGACCCGGACCCCAUGCUGUCGUGCGACCUGAUGGACGGGCGGGACGCCUUCCUGACGCUGGCGCGGGACAAGCACUGGGAGUUCUCCUCGCUGCGGAGGUGCAAGUGGAGCUCCAUGUGCAUGCUGGUGGAGCUGCACAACCAGGGCCAGGACCGCUUCGUCUACACCUGCAACGAGUGCAAGCACCACGUGGAGACGCGCUGGCACUGCACCGUGUGCGAGGACUUUGACCUGUGCAUCAACUGCUACAACGCCAAGGGCCACGAGCACCAGAUGCUGAAGUGGGGCCUGGGUCUGGACGACGACAGCGCGGGCGCGGGGGCCGAGGCCUCCAAGAGCCCGCAGGAGAGCCGGCGCCUGAGCAUCCAGCGCUGCAUCCAGUCCCUGGUGCACGCCUGCCAGUGCCGCAACGCCAACUGCUCGCUGGCCUCCUGCCAGAAGAUGAAGCGCGUGGUGCAGCACACCAAGGGCUGCAAGCGCAAGACCAACGGCGGCUGCCCCGUGUGCAAGCAGCUGAUCGCCCUCUGCUGCUACCACGCCAAGCACUGCCAGGAGAACAAGUGCCCCGUGCCCUUCUGCCUCAACAUCAAGCACAAGCUGCGGCAGCAGCAGCUGCAGCACCGGCUGCAGCAGGCGCAGAUGAUGCGCCGGCGCAUGGCCACCAUGCAGGGCCGGGGGGCCCCCAGCCUGCCGUCGCCCCCGACGCCGUCCGCUCCGGGGACGCCCACCCCCCACCAGCCCCCCCCGCCGCAGCAGCAGCAGCAGCAGCCCGGGGCCCCGCAGACGCCCCAGCCCCAAGCGCCCCCGCCCCCGCCGGCCCCGCCCGCCAACCCCGCCAUGGCCAUGUCCCCCUCCUUCCCCGGCGGGCCGCGCCCCGGCCCGCCCCCCGCGGCCCCCCUGUCCCAGGGCAAGCCGGGCCCGCAGUCCUCGCCCCUCCACCAGCAGCCGCAGCAGGGGCAGCAGCAGGGGCAGUCCCCGCUGCCCCUGGGGCCCGGGGGGCAGGGGCAGGGGCAGCCCCCGCCCCCGCUGGCGGCGCUGAAGGUUGCGCGGCACAUCGAGCGCGUGGCGCAGGCCCAGCAGCAGCACCAGGACUACCGGCUCAACGGGCACGCCAUGGGGCACCCCCGCAUGCAGGCCCCCAUGCAGAUGGUAGGGGGCCCCCGAGGGCCCGCGGUCAUGCAGGCCAUGCAGCCCGGCCAGUGGGGCCCCCAGGGGCCGAUGCAGGUCCCUCAGCAGCCUCCCCAGCAACAACAGCAGCCCCCGCAGCAGCAGCAGCAGGUCCCCGGCCAGCAGGCUCUGAUGGGCGGGCCGCAACCUCCCCCGCAGGCCCAGCACCUGCAGCGGCCCAUGAUGCAGCAGCCGCCCCGCAUGCAGGGCCCCCUCCCGCCCCAGGGGCCCGGGCAGCAGACCCCGCCCAGGGGCCCCGCGGCGGGUGGGACGCCGUCCUCGGCCCUGCAGGACCUCCUGCUCACGCUGAAGUCUCCCAGCUCGCCCCAGCAGCAGCAGCAGGUGCUCAACAUCCUCAAGGCCAACCCGCAGCUCAUGGCCGCCUUCAUCAAGCAGCGCACCGCCAAGUACCAGGCCAGCCAGGGCCAGGGCCCGGGGCCGGGGCAGCAGGGGCCGGGGCAGCAGGGCCCGCCACCGCCGCACCCCAACGCCCAGCCCGCCAUGCAGGGCCUGGCCCCCAUGCAGCCUGGGGGGCCCCAGCAGAGGCCCGGCAUGCAGCCGCAGCAACAGGCCCUGCCGCAGGGCAUGGGCGCCAUGAGGAACCCCGGCCAGCACAGCACGCAGAUCCAGGAGCUGUACCGCCGGCAGUUCCUGCAGCAGCAGCAGCAGCAGCAGCAGCAGCAGCAGCAGCAACAGGGCUCCAUGCAGCAAGCGCACGGGCAGUUCCCCCAGCCGCAGGGCCCCGCCAGCUACUCGCAGCUCCGCAUGCAGCAGUUGGCCAUGCAGCAGCAGCAGCAGCAGCAGCAGCAGCAGGGUGGAGGGCCCGCGGGGCCCAUGGGGCAGCUGCCGCCCAUGGGUCAGAUGGGCCUGGAGGGGACUCAGAACCUGCUGCACCAGCGCUUGCUCCAGCAGCAGCAGCAGCAGGCGGGGAUGAAACCUCAGAUGGGCUCCCCGGCCCCGCCCGGCCCCAUGAGCCCCCAGGCCCACAUGCUGUCGGCUCAGCCGCAGGGCGGCGCGCACCAGCUCGCCAACUCGCUGGGCAACCAGGGGCGCUCGCCCGCCCCCGUGCAGUCGCCCUGCCCUCCCCCACCUUCCUCCUCCUCCUCCUCCUCUUCCUCCUCCUCGCAACAGCCGCCACAUUCCAGCCCGUCGCCCCGGAUACAGCCCCAGCCGUCGCCCCACUCGGGCUCGCCGCGCCCCCACCCGCUGCCCCACCCCCACCCGCACCCCCACGCCGGCCUGGCCGCGCCCCCCAUGCCCAACUCCAUGGAGCAGGGGCACCUGGGAGGGCCCGAGCAGAGCGCCAUGCUGCCCCAGCUCAGCACCCCCGGCCGGGCCGGCCUCCCCUCGGACUUGGGCCUGGUGGGCGACACCACCGGGGACACGCUGGAGAAGUUCGUGGAGGGGUUGUAGCAUUCGGAGGCCAAACGCCCCCCCCCGACCUCGCCCUCCUCUUCCUGGGGUCUCACGUUUGCGUUUUUCUCCCCAGAAAAACAAAAAACAAAAAAAACCUUUUUGUACUGACAUGUAAAAAGUUUA